AUGGAGCGAUUCAUCAAGGCUUGGCGUCCCAAUUCGCACCAGACGACUCCCCAACCGAACGCUCCUUGGGGUGGUUGUCUCCUUUGCCAGGCCAAGACCCGACAAGAACUCUACUCCUUCGAGUUCCACAUCCGCAGAGACCAUUCCGCCCUAUUCGAUGUCACUGACAUUAGAAAAGCCUUUAAACGUGUCUUGAGACAAAUUGCACGACCACAACCCUCAGCACAGUCUCCGGACGUGUUCGCCACGGAUGCUGCGGUCGUGCAUCAUGACGAUUGGUUGGACCGACAUAAGGACUGCGAGGCUCAGUCAAAAGUUGACCAGCAUGAAAAGGAGGUCUGCCUUUCAUCAGCACCGGUGGCCCAGCUCUGCAGCUCCUCUCCAGAAGCUUCAGCCGACAGCCGCGCGAGCAGCGACUUGAGUGAUCACUCGGAAACUGCUUCGGAGCCUGCUUCGGUGACAAAGAUGAUCAGGCAGCCAGAAACAAGACCAGUCAACCUCGAACAGUUGGUUGCCGAGGUGGAGGCUUCCGAUGCAGGGCUAUGCGUGAUUGAGGCCAAGUGCAUCGAGUGCGACGGCAUGCAAGAGGCGGAGCCACCCGGUCAAGAGCAAUACCAGGCCCUCGUUACCCUACACAAAUCAUUGCUCGACUGGCACUACGACUUUUUCGCGGCGAGCUGGCAUCCGUCCGCUGACGAAGACUUGCAUCGUCUCGCUCCCAGAGACAGGGCAGUAAGGAUGUGGAAGCACGGCAUGCACGCCUUCUUGGAGCGCCUUUGUCGCCGGCUCCCAGAUACAGCUGACCACAUGCGGACCUUCAUCAACCACGCCUACAGUAUAAUGACACUGUUAUACAGAGAGGUCCCAGCGUUCAAGGAUAUCUGGACAGAGUGUCUCGGUAACCUCAGUGAAUAUCGGGUGCUUAUCGAAGACAAUAUUGAAGACAAGAAGGUGUGGACAACCUCCGCAAGAUCUUGGUACGGCAUGGCCGCGGACAACGCACCCACAGUCGGCCGGCAUUACCAUCGUCUUGCCAAUCUGGUCCCUUCCAAUGCGCUUCAGCGAUUGUACUUGCACUCCAAGUCCCUUUGCGUGCCUAGUCCGUUCCUUGGCGCGCGAGAGAGUAUUCGGACGCUAUUUGAUCCUUUUUCGUCCCGCUCAAGCGAAGGGCUCGACCCCGUCGAUGCUGCAUUUGUACGCGUCCACGGGAUUUUCUUCACCGGAGAGUGCAAGAAGCAGCUACAGACGUCCAUAGAUGAGUUCUUAGAACUCCUUGACAACCGGAUCGAGCACCAAGACUCCUUUCUUUGGCUUGAAAAAGGGUACUAUUUGAGCAUUUCACUUUGUUGCUUGAUGCUGGACUUUGGUGCAGAUUCCAACGUCCUCAUGCAGGCGUUGACAGGACACCGUGCAAAUGAGCGAGUGGGCGACAAGUCGACACAAGAAGACCAUUGGAACCCCGAGGAGAAGUUCGAGCAGGCUGCGCACGUAGCAGUACGAGCUUGCGAGGUUAUAUUCAGGAGAUUGGGAGACAUCAACACGCUCAGCUUCAUCCAUACCAUGCUCGCCUUUAUGCAUCGGAUGUCUCAACUUCCGGCCGCCAUGUCACACCUCGAAAACCGAUUCCCCUGGGGCCUUACCUGCAAGAUGCUCAACUGCUUGAUUGGGAUGACCGUAACGGAGCCGAGAAUCAGCCCAGAAGUGCUCCCGGGCUCAGAUAAGCCGGAGAAGGGGCUUUCGCCCUUGCCCUUGCCUGAAGACUACGCGUUACGAGGGCUCCUUUUCACCGAGCAUAUCUUCCCGAGUGGCUGGUUCGACAACAGUAAUCUCGACGAAGCGGAGCGCUACAUGGAGUCGGGGCGAAGGACUCUGAAUCGUGAGCAGCGGCUGAAGCGCAUUCUCUGGCUCGGCCGCAGGAUCGCCAGCAACGGCAAGGGACUGGCUUGGGACGCGAAAAGGCGCCAGUUUGAGGAAGUUCGACCCGCUCUGUCUCGUACCACGGCUAUGCACUUCGGAGGCGUGUCGGGACGAGGAACGCGGGGGUCGUAUGCGCGAAGGGUUCAGGGCUGGUUCAGGGGCUGCCUCUGCUACGACGAAGCCGCGGUGCGCUAG